AUCAGAUCCCUACAAAAUUUAGCUUUGGCAGCACUAUCGAAUUCGACAUUGCUCUCAUUUCCUCUCUGGUAGUGUUAUUCUACUGUCUAAUCAUACGCACGCAUAAAAGGCAUGCCUGUUAAAUAGAAUCUAAAGCGAGAUCAUAAACUAGUGAUACUAAUUGAACAUUCAACAUGACGUGGUUUACAAACGUAAUACGAACGAGCAUUAAAAUUUGGACGCCACAAAUAAUGCCUGUGAGAUUUCGGUACCAUGCGGAGAAGGUGGCAAAAGGUCCGCUCGUAAGACGUUACGGGUACAAGGAUCCCAUAGACAUGCGAGGACUUUUACCACGCGACGAUAGGAGGGUAAAAAGCAUGCCGAUAUACAGACCGAAGGAUGUAUGGGUGGAGAGGAGAGCUUUGUUCGGUCAAAACGAUUACAUCGAUAUUUUGGGAACCGAUCAACUUGAUCCGACGAAAAUUUCAUACAACGUACCGUCUUGGUUAAGAGGUGUCAAGGGUCAAGAAUAUCAAGUUUUGUUGAGGAAAGAGAAGAUGUGGAAGAAUGGUAUAUUUCCAAUAGCUAGGCCAUCCAAGUGGCGGGACAUGAAGAAGAGAAUUAAAUAUUUAUAUAAAUUCCUAAAUAGAAAGACGAAAACUUUCGCUAGCUCCCAAUGAUGUACUUGUUUGUAAUCAUUACGCUUAAACCCCUUGGAUACGACGAUAAUAACGGGACACGCAAUACCAAAAUAGAAAAUAACAAAUUUAUUGACGAAUAAUCAGUUAUUAGAUUUAGUUGCGACCAUGGAAUAGAGCGAAUACUUUUUCCUGCGCAAAUACUUCGUAUCGACGAAUAAUCUAUUGUAAAAACACGUUUGAUUGCUCGCUUAUAUACACACACGCACAGUCAAGCAUGAUGUCGUUACAGCCACAAGGUACAUACAUUUCUGGCAAAAAAUAUGAAUAUAUAUCUAUAUAUAGCUUAGUAAGUACAAUCAAGAGAAGAUUUUAAAAUGAUUAAUACAGAUCGUAUGAUCCUUAUCUAUAAUAUGUACAAAGAAAAUUGCGAGUAUUGUCCAUUUUCUUAAAAAAA